CUCGCUGGUGAGAGCGCGAACCUCUCUGCAAAACAAGUCGCCUACAGGAGACAAGCAAACCAUAAUUUAGAGGGAACCCGGAGAGUUAUAAGAAUGCCGCUGCGCCUUCAUCUCUCCAAAACCUGCCAAUUCACCCACGAACACCUGUAAUGUCGUGGAUCGAAGAUAAAUAACGGACAGCUUGUUCUCUCUCCAUUGUCGGGUUGAGCGGCACGAGCUCCCGCUACACACACGCACACACACAGCACGGGCGUUCCCGCGACUCCUCAGCCGCGGACGGAAGGGUGGCAGGAGAGAGGAGAGGGAGAAAGGAGGAGGCGAAGAGGAGAAGGGGAGAGAGGAGGGGAGGAAACCCCCCUGUUUUGAAGCUAUACGCUAGUAAACAUAGACUAUAAGCAUACACAGUGAAUGAAGAGGAAAACGUCGCAGUGCUAUUUUAUUUCUGUGUGGAGGAGACUAGGAGGAGAGACGCCAAAGGAGAUAGACGCCAUCGGUGACAAGUGAAAGGACUCCGCUAUUGGGUAAGUAGCCUGGCUACUGGUAUGUCUGCUCGUUACACGCAGUGUCUACUCGCGACUAUACUUGACCUGAUUUCUGGGAAUUUGUUGACUAGCUUUAGCGCUCCACUGCCUCAGCAUCACGGAACAGCGAUGAAGGAUGGUGGUGAGGAGAGGAGGGUAUGGAGGGAUGGAGGAGAGAGAGAGAGCGAUGGAGAAUAGAGGGAAGACGAGAUGAAGAGACAGUGUGUGUUUUCUAAUGUAGGCAUAAUAUAAUUAUAAAUGAUAAAAAUCCCGCUCUGUAGGCUAUGUGUGGUUUUCCACCUUACUGUAGCCGUUUAGUAGGGACAUUGUUUACAGUGACAGGCUAUUAGGCUAGUAUUGAUGUUUUGAAGGCGAGACGCUGGAGCUGCAUCCUCCAUGGAAAUGCAUGACAACAAUGUGAACAAGACAAUAUGAUAAUAAAUACUAGUCUGACAUAAAUAAAUAAACAAUAUACAGUACAGGCAUGGCCGGACUAAGAUAUCAUAGGCCCCGGGUUUAUUUUUAUUUUUAUAUAGCCCGCACACACUUCCUUGCACACCAUCAUUUUCUGUAAACAAAUCCAUGCACCAAGAUGCAAUUCGAUGCGUGGUUUCCUGUUGAAGACAAGGGUCCUUUAUAAUAAAGCCAUCAUAACAUUUGCAAUGUGGCAUAGGCUACAGUUGAGCAGAGGCGUUUUUAGGAUUUCCACACAUGGGUAACAUUUGUUAGCAGGGUCCGAAUAUUUGUUUUGCCUUUUAAAAACGCAUUUCAUACAAUUCUACAUCAUUUACAUGACGAAAGACAUUAGCUGAAUCUUUUUUAAUACCACACAAAUGACCGACAUCAGUGGCUACUCUGACACUGACAAACUGAGAUCAAUCUGGUCUUGAAUUCAUACAAACAAUAGCCCAGGCUAAUGAAGCAACACACAGAUUGUACAAUAUUAGGAGGCAAUAUACACUAUAUAUACAAAAGUAUGUGGACACCCUUUCAAAUGAGUGGAUUCGGCUAUUUCAGCCACACCCGUUGCUGACAGGUGUAUAAAAUCGAACACAGAGCCAUGCAAUCUCCAUAGACAAACAUUGGUAGUAGAAUGGCCUUACUGAAGAGCUCAGUGACUUUCAACGUGUCACCAUCAUAGGAUGCCACCUUUCCAACAAGUCAGUUCGUCAAAUUUCUGCCCUGCUAGAACUGCUCCGGUCAACUGUAAGUGCUGGUAUUGUGAAGUGGAAAUGUCUAGGAGCAACAACGGCUCAGCCACGAAGUGGUAGGCCACACAAGCUCACAGAACAGGACCGCCGAGUGCUGAAGCGCAUGGCACGUAAAAAUUGUCUGCCCUUGGUUGCAACACUCACUACCGAGUUCCAAACUGCCUCUGGAAGCAACGUCAGCACAAUAACUGUUCAUCGGGAGCUUCAUGAAAUUGGUUUCCAUGGCCGAGCAGCCGCUCACAAGCCUAAGAUCACCAUGUGCAAUGCCAAGCGUCGACUGGAGUAGUGUAAAGCUCGCCGCCAUUGGACUCUGGAGCAGUGGAAACACAUUCUCUGGAGUGAUGAAUCACGCUUCACCAUCUGGCAGUCCGACGGACUAAUCUGGGUUUGGCGGAUGCGAGGAUAACGCUACCUGCCCAAUGCGUAGUGCCAACAGUAACGUUUGGUGGAGGAGGAAUAAUGGUCUGGGGCUGUUUUUCAUGGUUCGGGCUAGGCCCCUUAGUUCCAGUGAAGGGAAAUCUUAACACUAUAGCAUACAAUUACAUUCAAGACAAUUCUGUGCUUCCAACUUUGUGGCAACAAUUUGGGGAACGCCCUUUCCUGUUUCAGCAUGACAAUGCCCCCGUGCACAAAGUGAGGUCCAUACAGAAAUGGUUUGUCGAGAUCGGUCUGGAAGAACUUUACUGGCCUACACAGAGCUCUGACCUCAACCCCAUCGAACACCUUUGGGAUCAAUUGGAACGCAGACUGCGAGCCAGGCCUAAUUGCCCAACAUAAUGCCCGACCUCACUAAUGCUCUUGUGGCUGAAUGGAGGCAAGUCCCCACACCAAUGUUCCAACAUCUAGUGGAAAGCCUUCCCAGAAGAGUAGAGGCUGUUAUAGCAGUGGGUAAGCCCCUGCAUUAACCCGGCCCUGAGUACAGGGAGGACACUCAGACAGUCUCCUCUCUUGCAGAAAAUGUGAAAACAAACAGUUUGCUUUGCCCCUGUAUGUCGAAUAGCCUAUUCUAGGCCUUAUGUUCUCAAACGGUCAGGUGGACUAGGCUAACACUAAUAAUAAUUUGACCAUUUUAAUUGUUGCCACAUAGGAUAGACCAUAGACGACACUAAACAAUUCCAAUAUGUUUGUGUAAUCAUUUAUGAUGUAGACCUACCUUUCAUGUUGAUCUAUUUCUUUGACACACAAUAUAGAUCUGUUGUGUUUCUAUUUUGGGGUGUCUGGCUUUUAGCAUCUGCAUGGUACUUUACCCUGGCACCAGGCAACCAGGCAGGAGAGAUAGAGAGUGUCACGACUUCGGCCGAGGCUGCCUCCCCUCCUUGUUCGGGCAGGCUUCGGCGUUCGUCGUCACCGGAGUACUAACCACUGCCGCCCCAAUCAUCAUCACAAUUGUCUUGUCAAUCACACACACCUGGUUCUAAUCCCCUAAUUAGUCCGUGUAUAAGUGUUCCCUCUGCCCCCUUGUCCUUGUGGGUGAUUGUUAAUUGUGAGAGUAUGUAGCUCGGUGGAGCUACUUAUAACAUUGUGUUGCCAGGGUAGAUUUUCCCCCUGUGCCUAUGUAUUAUUGUAUUCCGUUACAGUGUAAUUGCCAGGGAUGUUUGUUUCCCCUGUGCCUGUUUCGUUGAUCGCUAUUGGAGCCCAUUUGUGUGUCAACGAAGGAAUAAACUCUGUAUUCGGUGAUUACCUUCCUGCGCCUGACACCUUUCACCACAGAGUAGAGAGAGAGAGAGAGAGAGAGUAGAGAGAGAGAGAGUAGAGAGAGAGAGAGUAGCGAGAGAGAGAGAGAGAGUAGCGAGAGAGAGAGAGAGAGAGAGAGAGAGAGAAAGAGAAGAGGGAUUCAGAGACUUGUAAGACCUGUGUUUGCUCCCUGAGCCUUUAGCCCAGCAGGCUCACACAGUCUUGUGGCAUGCAGGUGACAUGUUUGAGACAGAUCACUCUUUCAUCAAGACAAGCACUUUACCACCUACCUGCUCCUGCAGACUAUACUGUCUCUCUUUCCCUCCCACCCUCUACCCCUCCUCUCCAUCAUACCAGAUAAAAUAUAUAUAUAUUUUCUUUUCUCUGUGUCGUUUUCUGAUAAACUGUGUCAUUUUUAGCCUCUAAUCCAAUUUAAUCUCUCUCUCUCUCUCUCUCUCUCUCAAUCUCUCUCUCUCUCUCUCUCUCUCUCUCUCUACUCUCUCUCUCUCUCUCUCAAUCUCUCUUUCGCUCUCUCUUUCAGACGCUCACUCAUGAUCAUCAGCAGUCCUGCACAGAUAUAUACAAUCAAACGCUAUUCAUAAGAGAACAAAGGAGUCCAGUAUAUUUUUGUUACCUGUUCUCCCUCUUCCUCAGGCUACAAUCACAUAAACACACACACACACACACACACUCACAUGUUGUAUCAGGAGUUGACUGUACAUUACAGACUGGUCAAUCAACUAGGCCUCAUGGCUCUGCUCUACCAUUAGCAUUCAUUGAUUGUUCAGUCUCCUGUCUAACCCAAGGCCAGACGCCAAGACUGUCUCUGGAUGUUUCUGAGUAGAUGGGGAGAGUUAUUCAAUUCUAUUAGGAGAAUCCCUCCAGGGUCAGGGUUUAUGUUAUACGGUUAUGAUCAGUAUUACAGUUUUUCUCAAUUGCUAAAACACAAUUUCUGAAACCUUGCUCCAUUUCCUGAAAACAUUAAACACAAAACCUCAUCUUCAAGCACUAUUUACAAAACCUCUGACUCCUCUCGCAAAAUGAAACAUUCGCCUCAAAACAGUUUUACCUGUGUUCAAAAUCAAACACUGCUCUCAAAUCAUAAACAAAGUGAUCAAAAUGAUAUACACUCUCAAGCAGUCAGUAAACGAUACACCGAAAAAUAGAAAACACAUUGUUCAAAACAUACAGUUCUCAGGGAGAAGUACAUUUUAAAUCUCAAAACAAAUUUUUCCGUCAUUGUCUUUUUAUGAACGAAAACAUGUUCUAUCAUAGUAGCUCAAAAUUGAUCAGAAAUUACUACUCUGCUUUGCUCUUUGCAAUUUAGUUUUUUGUUCUUCCUCCUCCUUGUACCCCUAUUUUUACAGUACUGUACCCUGCAUCUCACAAACUUGUCCUUUGUCUCUGUGAUACUGUAAUUCUUGUUCUUCAAAAGGUACUCUGUAUACUUGUUUCAUUCGCAUCCUGUUACGAUGGAGGACACGGUCAAUUGUGGAAAUGCUCACACUGUCGAUUCCCUGGAAGUGUGUGUUGUCUUGUAUCACUCGUUUCUGGAUUUCUCUGAGUCGUAUUGCAUUAUCUUGAAGGACCAUGCCAACUAUAACGGCCUCUUGCUCCCGAGUGAAUAUAGCUGUCCUUCCACCUGCAUGUGGCAGCCUUGCAAUUCUACAAAAAGUAGUUGUGCAGUUACAAAACAUAUUCAUGCAGUACAAUACAUACAGUGAUUAACUUUACAAAUGUCUGUCACGAUCGUUGAACGGAUUGGACCAAGGCGCGGCGUGAUGAGCGAACAUACUUUAUUAUCAAUAGUGAUAACAAGAACAAAACAACAAACGAUAACGACACGUGAAGUCCUUGGCUACAAAAUAAACCAACACGGAACAAACCAAAAGGAACAAGAUCCCACAACUACUGUGGGAAAACAGCCUGUUUAAAUGUGGUUCCCAAUCAGAGACAACCAGCAACAGCUGACACUCGUUGCCUCUGAUUGAGAACCACUCUGGCCAACAUAGAAAUAGAACAACUAGAAUAAUAAACAUAGAACACAAAACACAUAGAAUCUACACACCCUGGCUCAACAUAUAGAGUCCCCAGAGCCAGGGUGUGACAGUACCCCCCCCCCCCCCCCCCCCAAAGGCGCGGACUGCGACCGCGCCUCAACAUAAACCAAACAGGGGAGGGCUGGGUGGGCAUUCCUCCGGAGGCGGUUCCGGCUCCGGGCUUGACCACCACCCUUCAACCAUCCCCCCGUAGCGCCCCUGGUCUGGUCCCGCUGGCUGGAGCUGGACUGGACAUCGUAGGAGCGGAUUGCUUAGGCUCCGGUGUGGAGCAGCUGACCGGUACCUGACCAGGCACCGGUGACCCAGGCACGGGUUGUGCCGGACUGACGACGCGCACCCCUGGCUUGGUGAGUGGAGCAGGAACGGGCCGGACCGGGCUGACGAUGCGCACCCCUGGCUUGGUGCGUGGAGCAGCAACGGGCCGGACAGGGCUGACGAUGCGCACCCCUGGCUUGGUGCGUGGAGCAGGAACGGGCCGUACCGGGCUGACGAUGCGCACCCCUGGCUUGGUGCGUGGAGCAGGAACGGGCCGUACCGGGCUGACGACUCGCACCCCUGGCUUGGUGCGAGUGGCAGGAACAGGCCGGGCCGGGCUGGCGACGCGCACCAUUAGCUUGGUGCGGGGAGCAGGAACAGGCCGGGCCGGGCUGGCGACGCGCACCAUUAGCUUGGUGCGGGGAGCAGGAACAGGCCGGGCCGGGCUGGCGACGCACACCAUUAGCUUGGUGCGGGGAGCAGGCACAGGCCGGGCCGGGCUGGCGACGCGCACCAUAGGCUUGGUGCGAGUGGCAGGAACGGGCCGGGCUGGCGACGCACACCAUUAGCUUGGUGCGGGGAGCAGGAACAGGCUGGGCCGGGCUGGCGACGCGCACCAUUAGCUUGGUGCGGGGAGCAGGAACAGGCCGGGCCGGGCUGGCGACGCGCACCAUAGGCUUGGUGCGAGGGGCAGGAACAGGCCGGGCUGGCGACGCGCACCAUCAACUUAGUGCGGGGAGCAGGAACAGGCCGGGCCGGGCUGGCGACGCGCACCAUCAACUUAGUGCGGGGAGCAGGAACGGGCCGGACCGGACUGGUGACGCACACCACUUGCUUGGUGUGAGGAGCGGGACUGGGUUUCUUCAUAACCCUCCGCUCCCUCAGCUGCCUACACAGUUCCUCUCGCCGUGCCUCUACUCUCACCUUCUCCCUUAUCGCCUCCAGUAGCUCCACCCUCUGAACCACUAACUCCUGCUCCCUCUAGACCAAUAGCCCCCUUAACCUGGUGGCCUCCUCACCCAACCUCCCAAUACGCCCUGUAGCUGCCUCCUGCUGCCCCGUCGCCCAUGCCGUGUGCCCCCCCCUAAUUUUUUUUUUGGGGUUGCCUCUCGUCCGUCCGACGACGACACUGUUUACGCCGUUGCUCCUCUCUCCGUCGCGCCUCCACCGUCUCCUUCCACGGACGGCGAUCCAUCCCGGCCUGGAUUUCCUCCCAGGUCCAGGACCCCUGCCCGUCCAAUAUCUGCUCCCACGUCCAGGCUGCCUGCUCCUGGACACGCUGCUUGGUCCUGGUAUGGUGGGAUCUUCUGUCACGAUCGUUGAACGGAGUGGACCAAGGCGCGGCGUGAUGAGCGAACAUACUUUAUUAUCAAUAGUGAUAACAAGAACAAAACAACAAACGAUAACGACACGUGAAGUCCUUGGCUACAAAAUAAACCAACACGGAACAAACCAAAAGGAACAAGAUCCCACAACUACUGUGGGAAAACAGCCUGUUUAAAUGUGGUUCCCAAUCAGAGACAACCAGCAACAGCUGACACUCGUUGCCUCUGAUUGAGAACCACUCUGGCCAACAUAGAAAUAGAACAACUAGAAUAAUAAACAUAGAACACAAAACACAUAGAAUCUACACACCCUGGCUCAACAUAUAGAGUCCCCAGAGCCAGGGUGUGACAAUGUCUAUUGAAACAGCUGCAUAUAGUGUAGUACAGUAAAUGUGCAAUUACAAAAAUACAGUAGUAUACUGUACCUGUUCUCUUCUCUGAAUGUCCUUACUAUGGUGGACACAGAAAAUCGGCUCAAAUUGGGUUGCACUCUAAGUACUGCUUCCCUCAUUGUCAGUCCAUGGACAAGAACAUGGUCUAUGACUGUUGCUCGAAUUUCAUCAGAUAUUUCCACUCUUUGUCUUCCUCUUCCUCUUCGUCCUCCUCUUCCUCUUUCUUGCCCUCCUCCUCCUUUUCCUCCUCGUCGCCCACCUCGCAUACGCACUCGUCCUCGUCCUCUCACAUUGUUUCUUCUAUCCAUUCUCAGACGUUCUCCUUCCCACCUUCAACAACCUGUUUGCUCUCUGAACUGCCUUAUAUUGGUUGUGUCGCAUUAUUGGAACAGGUUAAAUCAAUUUUGAGUGGUUGUGUUCAAUCAAUGACAUGUGUUCUCUAUUUGUAUUUGAUUGUUGCCACUUGUGUUUACCAGUGUGGAUGACAUGUGCAUUAGAGUGCAGAAUAUGUUUUGAGAAUGAGAAUGUGUUUAGAGUUUUGCUGAAAAGUCUAAGUGAGAUCUGCAAAUAGUGUUUUACCAUGUGAAAUGGUUUAAGGUAUUGACAACAGACUGCAUAAUUAGCUAAAUGAGUCCAGGCAACUGAGAACUUUGUUCAGCCAAUGGGUUUUAGUGUUUUAGCAAUUGAGAAAAACUGUAAUUUACGUGUUGUGUUAUGUAAUGUUAUGCAAUGUGUCUGGGUACCUGCAGUGUGUGUUGUAUGAUGUCAGUAUGCUGCUGUCUCUCCUAAUCCAGGUCUCUUGGUGUUUAUUUAACUUAAUAUGAGAUUAUAAUCUCAGAUUAACACUGACCAUCUACAGCACACGCACACACACACUGAUCAGACCAUCCACAUCAACCACAUCCAGGAGCAGAGCAGCUCUACACUAUCUUCCCAAGUCUUCCCAAUGAGGCAGAGCGGUAUUCCCUGCCAGAGCUCUGGAAUCUAUUAAAGCAGGAAUGUUGACAUCACUCAGUUAUUCUUCUAUCUCACUAACUUUAUUUCUCUCUCUCAGGAUGGCUGAGGUUUUGCAACAGGAGAGAAUUCAGGCCAUCGCUGUAAGUGACACACACACACACACACACACAGCGUGCAUGGUUUCAUACAACCACUCACAAUGAUAGACUCAUGUUAGACCAGCCUGAUCACUAGAAAUAGACUUUGAUUUCGGACGUUUGAAAAGUUCCUGAGAACGUCGCGCUCACAAAAAAACAACAAGAAAAACAAUUGCCCAGCACUGGGCGUAAACUUAUGAUGCUCAGAUUUCAAGUGCCCUGCUUAGAUCACUGCGCUACGGCAGUUCACAAUGCUCUAGCAAGCCGUGAGAAUACUUUAUGAUACUUGAUCUUAUGAGGUCGGUUGGUUUGCAGAGCCUUCCCCAAACCAUAGCCCUAACCUUAACCACUCGGAAUAAAUGCCUAAACUGUUAACCUUUUAGUUGUUUCUGUUUUAACCCUGUAACCAUGUGGAAUGCAUGCAUCAAAAAUAGACGUUCAUCCAUAAUACUGUAUGUCGAUUUUCAAAUGGAAACUAUGAGAUCUUGUGUUAGAUCAGGGUUUCCCAAACUCCCCCCGGGUGCACAUUUUGGUUUUUGCCAUAGCACUACACAUCUGAUUAAAAUAAUCCAGGCUUGAUGAUGAGUUGGUUAUUUGAAUCACCUGUGUAGAGCUAGGGGAAAAACCAAAACGUGCCCCAGGGGGAUGACCCAGGACAGAGUUUGGGAAACCCUGUGUUAGAUAACCAACCAUUUGUAUGUUAGAUCUGUUCUACCAUCCUGAAACAUCCUGUUACUGUCAAACUUCCUCCUCCCCCCUCACUCACACACACACACACACACACACACACACACACACACACACACACACACACACACACACACCUCAGACCUAUUAGCCCAUUUAGUCCUUUCAGCCCUUUCAGCCCUUUUAGCCCAUGUAGCCCUUUUAGCCCCUCCAGACCCCUUAGCCACAUAAAGCCUGUAGAUGAAUAUCUGUAGCUGAACAUCCAGAAGCAUUAGGCUAAUGCUAGAAGCAGUAAUGGACUCAUAUCCAGCAUGAACAUGCAGACACAGCACACAUCACAUUGGUUAAAAUGUUUAGCAUGGCCACUUACUGUGUGUGUGUGCGUUUGUGUGUGUGUGUGUGUGUGUGUAUGUCUUUACAGGAGAAGAGGAAGAGGCAGACAGAGAUUGAGAGCAAGAGGAGACACCUGGAAGAUGACAGAAGACAGCUUCAACACCUCAAGGUACACACACACACUAACACACACACACACACACACACACUAACACACACAGGCCUUUGUAUCUCUGUUUAGUACCAGAUAGAAAAACACUUGGCUGUCACAGACUGUUCACUAACACGAGCUAGGAGAUAAAGCCUGCUUCAAUGCACGUACACACACCCACACACACACAACACACACACUCACACCACACACACCCACACACAACACACACACAACACACACACACACACUACAUAGUUUCCCUGUUAUCUGUCAUCUAGCUGACUUGGCCUAAGCUAAAAUAGCCCUUUGAUAACCCUUCACACACUGACUCAAGCACCAGCCUGUGAUAAAGUAGUGUAUGUGAGAACGGCACCAAUGACCUUGUGUGCUACUAUCCCUGUCUUUUCUGUGUGUGGCUAAAACGGGGUACGAUAUGUGUGUGAGAGUGGUUUCCUGCUCAGAGGGGAGUGGGACACAAAUCUGUUUCCUCUGACCAAUCUUCUGUGGAUUGUCUCUAGACACACACACACACACACACACACAAUGAGUUCUACAGCGGCUGUUUCUAAUUAGGUGUCUUGUGAUGAUGUAAUGCAGCCUGGAGAUUUUGUGAUGUAACCAUGGAGACGUGCACAUGUAUGUUAGAGAAGUAAAAGUUUGAGAGUAGAGUAAGGUAUGUGAGUGUGUGUGUGUGUGAGUAUGAGUGUGUGUGAGUAUGUGUGUGUGUGUGUGUGUGUGUGUGUGAGUGUGAGUGUGAGUGUUUGUGGUGUGUGUGUGUGUGUGUGUGUGUGUGUGUGUGUGUGUGUGUGUGUGUGUGUGUGUGUGUGUGUGUGUGUGUGUGUGUGUGUGUGUGUGUGUGUGUGUGUGUGUGUGUGUGUGUGUGUGUGAGUGUGUUCCUUCCAUUGUCAGUAGUUUUUACACCAGAACAAUGAACAGCGAGCUGAGCUGGGGAGGGGUGUGCUAGUUUCAGACUGUGUGUGUGGAGGGAGGCGGGUGUGUGUGUGGGUGUGUAUAUCCAAUGAUGUCAGAUUAUUGGGGGGGUGUAGGGGGAGAGAGAAAGGGGAGACACAUUGUUGAUAGCUACAUGUGUGGUUGUCCCACCUAGCUAUCUAAGAUGAAUGCACUAACUGUAGGUCACUCUGGAUAAGAGAGUCUGCUAAAUGACUAAAAUGUAAAUGUAAAAUGGAGGGAGAGAGAGAAAUAUGGAAGAGAGAGGGAGGAGUGUCGGGUUACAGUUUGUGUAUUAAGUGGGGUGUUAUGGGAAAUGUAUAUACAUAUUUGCUUAAUGGAGAGAGAGAUAGAAAGGGAGAGUGAUGGAUGAGAGACAGUGAAGAAGAGAGAGAGAGAGAGAGAGAGAGAGAGAGAGAGAGAGAGAGAGAGAGAGAGAGGUGGAUGGAUGGAUGAGGAAAAGGGGAGUUUUGUUUGUAAAUUCUUCUUCAUUAUAUGGUUGGAAUGCACAUAAAGCUGACAGAAGAAUGCUGGGGAGAGAAGGCCUACUCCUUUUUCCUGGAGCUUGUCUAGCUGAGAGUGUCACUGGCUGAAAAAUACUCUUAGAAAAAAGUGUUCCAAAAGGUUUCUUCAGCUGUCCUCAUCGGAGAACCCUUUUUGGUUCCAGGUAGAACUCUUUUGGGUUCAUUGUAGAAUCCUCUGUGGAAAGGGUUCUACAUGGAACCCUCUGCGGAAAGGGUUCUACAUGGAACCCAAAAGGGUUCUACAUGGAACUGAAAGGGUUCUACCUAGAACCAAAAAGGGUUCUUCAAAGUGUUCAACACCUUCCUCUGUGAGCAUGAGAUUGAACCUCCAUUUCCUACUGUCUGUCUGCCCUCUUUCUAUGCUCUUGCUCAUCCUAUUCUACCUGUGUGUGUGUGUGUGUGUGUGUGUGUGUGUGUGUGUGUGUGUGUGUGUGUGUGUGUGUGUGUGUAUAGUCGAAGGCUCUGAGAGAGCGCUGGUUGUUGGAUGGGGCUCCAGAGGAAGAUGAGACUCAGAGACGACUUCAGGAGGAUGAAGAGAGGACUAAGGCACUAGAGAAGAGCAUCCUCUGGUUAGUACACACACAUACACACACAGACACACACACGCCGUUGUCGGUCAUCGUUGUUGAUAAAGCAAAGUAACUCAUUAAUUUCUCAUUAAUACUAUUUCUCCACACUCUCCAUUCAUGUGUAAUUAAUGUGUGUGUGUGUGUGUGUGUGUGUCAGCCUGGAGCAGGAGAUAGAGGAGCUGGAGAAUCCGGUCGUGGCCAAAGAGAACAGAGGAGGUCAGUUCUACUGUUAAUAAACUGUUAACAGUCUGAUCAUUAUUUUCCAUGUGGUAUUGCAUUUUUUCCAUUGCAGUUUUGUUAAAUAGGACAAAAUAAUUAUUGGACCAAAAAAAUAACAAAAGUUUACCAACAUUUGCUGAUUCUAUGAUGCCUGAUGUGAACUAUUUUUGUAUGACAGGACUUUAUUCACAUAAAAACCUGGCUAAUGUCUUCUAGAUUUAUGUUAAUGUAGAGCCUAACCAGCUCCCCUCACUCUCCCUCUUUCUCUCUCCUCUCCACCUCUCUAUCGCCCCCCUCUCUCCUCUCCCUCCUCUCCCCGUCUCCCUCCUCUCCCCAGCUGUAAAUGGAGUAUCACAGAACCAGAGUCCUAGAAGAGAACUAACAGGAGUAGAAGCCAAGCUGUUGGGUCCCAGUCCAGACCAGGCCAGCGCUGAGAACCCUGUUACACUGGUCUUCAUGGGCUAUAAGUCUCUGGAGGGGGAGACAGGGGGGGAGGUGGGGGAGGUAGGGGGGACAGAGAGGGGAGACGGCUCGGUCAAGGCGGAGUUUGUGAUGCUACCAGACGGGGAGGGGAAGGGGGAGGAGAGGGGGAGACGGAGACCCAGGCAGCAGCCAAUGGGAGUACGGGUGAGAAGGGGGAGGCAGGGGGGGCAAAUGGGGGAGGAGGGGAGGAGGGGGAGACAGAAAAGAAACAGAGUUGCAAGUGCUGCACGGUCAUGUGAGUGUGUGUGUGUGUGUGUCAUAGAGAGAGAGAGACGUGUGUGAGAGUUUGUGUGUGUGUGUGAGUGUGUCAGAGCAAGAGACUUGAGUGUGUACGUGUGUAUGCGUGUCUGAUCACACACUUGUCAGGACUACAAAACCAAACAGUCCGACACCUCCUGCCAAGCAGCAAAAACUACAGCCAACACCAACCAUAUACAGCCAACAGAUACUACAAAAUCAGGACUACUGUAUAUUACUGUAGUAGUGCUACAACAACAACCUACAGCCAGGACAAUAUACACUAGACUAUGUACUACUCUAGUACUACAAUAACAAUGGGGAAAUCUGAAAUUGAACCCUAUUCCCUAGACUACUUUGGGCCAAAAUGCUACCACAGUGUAGUAUUAUAUGGGAAAGGGUGCUAUUUCAGAUGCAGCUAGUACCUCCAGACUGAUCAAACAAAAACUCCCUCACUGUGUACUGCUAUAGUACUACUAUUUACUACGAUGUAUUUCUUCUGAUAUGGAUUAUUCUGUUAUUUUGAUUGCUAUUUUUAUAUUUUCCUGUCUUGACAUUUAUAAUGUAUUCUGUGUGUAUAUCUGUAUUCUAUUCUAUUCAUAUUGUCUUUAUUGUUGAACUGGAUGUGCCGUCACGUUAUUGUUGUAAAGAAAAUGUAGCAGGUCUUUGUAUUGUAAUGUUUCUGCUAUCGGGGCCAUCUGGAAAAUUUAUAUCAUUGUAUUUUAGUCCAGAAUAUGAAGAAGACAUACAUUUUGUAUAUUUCUCUGUGUAUCAAAUAUUUAUCAUUCAGUUUCAUAUUAUAUUGUCUCUGUAAUAUAAUUUUACAGUGUGAACAGUAUUCAAAUAUAUUGAUAUCAAGUUUUAUACAAUGUAUUUAUUUGUUUGGUUGCUGCCAAAUCGUACCCAGCCACACUGCAUGCAAGCUUGUACCAUCAUCACAAAUCAAUAUGUAAACCAAUUAAUCAAGGAAUCAAGCAACCAAUCAACCACAUCAUGUCAGCUGGUACAUCUCAGAUAACAUCAUUAUCUCUGUUUUAAACUGUCCAUCCCAUGUCAACAUCUCUAUCUCUAACUCAUCAUCUCUGUCUCUAACUCAUCAUCUCUGUCUCUAACUCAUCAUCUCUGUCUCUAACUCAUCGUCUCUAUCUCUAACUCAUCAUCUCUGUCUCUAACUCAUCAUCUCUAUCUCUAACUCAUCAUCUCUGUCUCUAACUCAUCAUCUCAAGUAUUUUAUAUUCUACUCACGUCUAGUCAUCUAUUGAUCUCUAUUGAUCUCUACUAAUCUCCUCAUUAGACUCACUAUGACACUGUGCAACUCAUAAACACAUUUCGCUAUUUCCUUUUUAUUUUCAAAAAAGGAUGGCUGGUUCACUGUUCACUGUUUGAGUCAAACCCAGCCAUUGUUUUAAUGCUGAUGGUUAUGAAUUUUGUUGAGUCAGUGAUGUUGAAUCUUCUGAUGUAGCAUUAAAACUAACUCUGAUUAGUGUUGUUAUUGAUUGUAAUACUCCUCAUCAGGUCUGAUCAGUAUCAUUGAUAACUAUAUUCAUCAUCACGACAUAUUGCUUAACAUGAAUGUAAUAAUGGGUUCUAUUGGGAUUGAAGGGAAGGGGAAACCUGCCAUCAACAGAAUAAACCUUCCAUUCCCAGUCUCUCUGGUGUCUGUGUGUUCCAUUACCCUGCUCUACAGUGUACACUAGGGGAAAGAGAAAGGGUAGUGUCUGGGAUGAGAGAGGGAGGAGGGAGAGAGAGAGAAGGGAGACUGGAGAGGAUAUGUUGAAAGAAGGGAAAUAGAGAGAAGAUAGGGGGGAGAGGGAGAUGGAGAGAGAAGGUGGGGUUAGGGGGAGAGAGAGAGAGGAGCAAGAGAGAGAGAAAUUACAGAUCUCUCGCUGGAACCAGGGAGUGUGAUGGUCUUGGGUUAGCUGGGGUCGUUUAUGGGUCAGAUCCACACACCAUAGAUUACCUCUGCUUUUUUUAAUGCAUUUAACUGUUUCAAACCACUUAAUACUAAAAAAAAACAUGCAAAAAAUCACCUGGGUCAAGUAUGUGAUAUACUUUUGAAGGAUUGAUGUGUGGUUGAUUUUGUUUACCCAGCGUGGAGUUUGUACCUAAAUGACUAUUCCAUUGGUUUCCAUUGUAUCCAGCAUGCUAAUCUGCUGCUGAAGUAUGAAGAAUGUUGACAUUUUGACCCUGCAGGUCUGGUCCAGAGUCCCAUAGUAAACCAAAUCACACAGCUGCUCCUCCUCAGUCAGCCCUGUUAUAGACAAAUUAUGCCAUCUGUUGGCCAAUGCAUGAUCUACAACCCUGUAUGGAAUUUGUAUUUUCUGAACUACAUGAACUGAUUGUGAAACAGGAAGGAAGCAGCAUUCAUUGUUUAGUUGCAAAGGUUUACGAGUCAGCUAUCUAAUACUAGAACAUAAUAAAUCAAUGUGUGUCAAUGAAAACCAUUCCUCGUUAUUUUUCCAGGUAAACAAAUGCAAAGCAAGGGUAUGGUUUCACAGUGAUUUUGGUCAAGUUUCGGCCGAGAACUUUAAGAGAAUGUUAUCCCCACCCUUUUACGAACCAAUCAAAUCGCGAUGCUAGGUGUAAGGGCCCGCCUAUUUCGGGUUCUUCCAAGUACCUGGACCAAUCAACAAACGCCUCGGUGUAUUCAGCCAUUUUGUAUGAAAAUCAAGGAAAUCUGCCGCCGCUCCAGAGACCUGUGGAUUAUAUCGAACGAUGGAAGGGUGAGUGAAAAAUAUGUAGUUUUAUGUCGAAAAAAAACUGAAAUAAUCUAACCGUAGUUUGAUUUUUUAUAUAUCCAGCCAUGUUGUUAUGCAAUCUGUUUACCAUAUUUGUGUGUUUUCUAGUAGUUUAACGUUUAGUUUGAGACGAGAUGAUGCUUGAGACUUUCAACAAGGCUAGCUAACGUUAGCAUUGUUUGCGCGUGAGCGUGUCCGGAAGAGAUGCGAACUAGUUGAAGUUAAGACUUUUAUUAACGGUUGUUUUUAACUUAUUAUACUACAAAUAACAGAAAAAACGCUAGUUGCAGUUUUUCAGGUAGACGAAAGUAACCACCUUAAAAUGUAUUGCCAAACUUAGUUUAAAAAAAAACGCCCAUCUUGAAUCAACGUGUCUUUGUAGCUAGUUUCCGCAUUCCAUAUUUGCGCUCGUGUUUGUGGAAGGCGAAUGUUGUGUGUUCAGGAUUAGGGUAAAUUCUUCCAACUCUAUGGAUAUUAGCUGCUCUGGGGACAUUUCAAUUCAAGGAAAUGAACUAACGCAACUUUAUUGAGUCAAUUCAGUUUCUAGCUAACUAUGAACUUCCAUAAAGUUAGUAACUGAAUUUCCUCUUUCCUCCUCCAUUUCCCCGUCUCCUCUCUUUUCCCCCCUUUGUCUCAGCAGACACAAGUUAGAUGCUGAUCUGUAUCCUAUGGGACCUGGCUACGUCACAGACAUAGAGUAAGUCUCCUGAUAGAUUUUAUAUUUACAAUCAAUCUAAAAAUCUAACGCAAAAUGUUGAUUGAUGUACUGAUUUACUGAUGGUUGAUCUUCUAGGAAAAUGCAUCCUGCCUUCUUUGGAGUAACUCAAACGAGUAACCCUCCUUUUCUCUCUCUCCCCAGUGUCUCAGUGGGUACCAAGGUAGGCGUCUUUUCAUUCACAAUUUAAUAUCUUUGUUUUCUCUCUAUGUCUUUACCCCUGUCUUCUGUGCUAAAACUCUGGUUAGUCUCUCUCUCCUCUCUGGCUGUGUGUCUGAGUGCUGUUAGCAUGAGUGUCUUCUCUUUGUCUUUCUGAUGUCCCAGUCAGUCUAGCCUGGCUGUAACAGUAGCUGUAUUGUAGAGAGGCUGCUGGGCCACUCCAGACAUGAGCACCAUUGACUGACUGACACAGAGCAGCUUCAUUAACUGUAGUCUGGCUGAGCAAGACCAUCUGUGUGACUGACUGCUCCUCUCCAGCCAUAACUCUAAUACAUUUACCAGGGUCGUAUUCGUUGGUGCACAUUAGUGCACGUAGCGAAAGUUUUUGCAACAGAAAAUGGAAAACGAGUUUGUUGAGCAUGUUCAGGGUUUUCUUCUGGUUGGUGCUUAGUAAAUACAACCCAGCUAUCUCUGUAACAUUCACCAACUCUAUGAAGCAGUUAGGCCUGUCUCUCUCUGUCUCCAUGGUGUAUGUGGUUAUGAUCAUUGUGAAUGUUCCUUUCUUUUCCAGAGGGGAUCAGAUGAACUCUUCUCCCCCUACAUCAUGACCCCAGGUAUGUGUGUGUGUGUGUAGCUAAUGGUAAUGUGUCUGUUAAUCAGAAUGUUCUGUGCUGUUCUCUAGUAGCUAAUGGUAAUAUGUGUGUUAAUCAGUGUUCUGUGCUGUUCUCUAGUAGCUAAUGGUAAUGUGUGUUAAUCAGAAUGUUCUGUGCUGUUUUCUCUAGUAGCUAAUGGUGCUAAGAGUUUAUUAUUAUUACUAAGAGUAAUAAGUUAAAUAAAAAGGUGUUUGUGUGUUUGUAGCCAACGGUAACGACAGUAAGAAGUUCAAAGGUGAGAUGCGGAGCCCCAGUGCUCCAUCGCGUGUCAUCCACCUGCGCCAGCUGCCCGGGGACAUCCAGGAUUCUGAGGUCAUCAGCAUGGGAAUGCCCUUCGGGAAGGUCACCAACCUUUUGAUGAUGAAGGGAAAGAACCAGGUACGCGCACACACUAAAGAUCCCCUACCAUAAAUGCAUUCACACACUAAAGAUCCCCUACCAUAAAUGCAUUCACACACACACUAAAGAUCCCCUACCAUAAAUGCAUUCACACACACACUAAAGAUCCCCUACCAUAAAUGCAUUCACACACACACACUAAAGAUCCCCUACCAUAAAUGCAUUCACACACACACUAAAGAUCCCCUACCAUAAAUGCAUUCACACACACACUAAAGAUCCCCUACCAUAAAUGCAUUCACACACACACUAAAGAUCCUCUACCAUAAAUGCAUUCACACACACACACACUAAAUAUCCCCUACCAUAAAUGCAUUCACACACACACACACUAAAGAUCCCCUACCAUAAAUGCAUUCACACACACAUACUAAAGACCCUCUACUAUAAAUGCAUUCUCACACACACACUAAAGGUCCUCUACCAUAAAUGCAUUCACACACACACUAAAGAUCCUCUACCAUAAAUGCAUUCACACACACACUAAAGAUCCUCUACCAUAAAUGCAUUCACACACACACUAAAGAUCCUCUACCAUAAAUGCAUUCACUCUCUCACACACACACUCUCUCUCUAAAGGACCUCUACCAUAAAUGCAUUCACACACACACUAAAGAUCCUCUACCAUAAAUGCAUUCACACACGCAUACUAAAGACCCUCUACUAUAAAUGCAUUCUCACACACACACUAAAGGUCCUCUACCAUAAAUGCAUUCACACACACACUAAAGGUCCUCUACCAUAAAUGCAUUCACACACACACUAAAGACCCUCUACCAUAAAUGCAUUCACACACACACUAAAGAUCCUCUACCAUAAAGCUGUUCACACGCAGGCACACACACACGGUGUCCCCACACACCUUCCCCGGCUGAUCUUUUUUUUGUGUGUAGGCGUUCCUGGAGAUGAACAGUGUGGACCAGGCUCAGACCAUGGUGAACUACUACGCUACGGUCACCCCUCUCAUCAGACAGCAGCCUGUCUUCAUGCAGUACAGCAACCACAAGGAACUCAAGACUGACAACUCGCCUAACCAAGUCGUAAGAGGACACAUUGACCCAUGCUAAUAUGAGACUCACUAACUUGUAUGUCCGUAGCACAUUUGUAAAGCGUCAAAUCAACGUUUAUUUGUCAUAUGUAGAGGUUACAGUAAAGUGCACACAGUACACUGACAUUCUUACUGGCAAGCUUGUGACGUUGGGAAAAUGUUGGAAUAACAGUGUAUAUUUGCCCCCCCCCCCCCUCCCCAGAGAGUCCAGGCAGCACUGCAGGCGGUGAAUGCUGUCCAGGGUGGCACCAUGUUGGGCUCUACCAUGUCCGGUAUGGGGGGUGGGAUGGGCGCUACCAUGUCAGUCGGAGGGGGAGAGAUGGGAGCCAGAGGAAUGGCCACCCAGAGCCCUGUCCUUAGAGUCAUAGUAGAAAACCUCUUCUACCCCGUCACACUGGAAGUCCUGCACCAGGUACACACACCAGUGUUUCUUAGUCAUGAAUGUGUUCAAAUUGUUACCUUUUCUCGUUGGUGUAAGUCAAAAUGUCUGUAGCAGGGAUGUAACCUGUGUGUGUUCUCCCCUGUAGAUCUUCUCCAAGUAUGGGUCUGUUCUGAAGAUCAUCACCUUCACUAAGAACAACCAGUUCCAGGCUCUGGUCCAAUACGCUGACCCAAUGACUGCACAGCACACCAAAAUGGUACAUACACACCUCAAUAAACCUCUGAUUUCUCAAUCUCUCUGUCGCUGCAGUCUCCAGAUGGUCAGAACAUCAAUAAUGGAUACUGUAAAUGGACUUGCCUGAACACACACACACCUCUACACAACACACACCCCUAAUCCCUCUGUGUCUCUGCAGUCUCUAGACGGUCAGAACAUCUAUAACGGCUGCUGUACUCUGAGGGUGAGUUUCUCUAAGCUGACCAGCCUCAACGUGAAGUUUAACAACGAUAAGAGCCGUGACUACACCAGACCUGACCUCUCUAGUGGAGAGCAACACAACCCUCAGCCUGGAAUGGACCAGCACGCUAUGGCUGCUGCCUUUGGUAACACACUUUAGACCAGCGGUUUCGCAACCUUUUUUGUACCUGGAGCUAGCACAUUUCUAUCAAGGUGCUCUUCUGGAGACGGUCAAACUGACUCUGAAAUUUCCCUUCCCACCCUCUCUCUCUUUCUCUCCCACCGUCUGUCUCUUUCCAGGGUCUCCAGGUCUGAUCUCAGCGUCUCCUUAUGGACACGGAUUCCCCCAGGCCUUUACUCUACAGCAGGCUGCAGGUAUAUCCUCACGUUAACACACAGUUAGCUGGUUUACUCUACCUACAGCCCACUAGAAAUCUAUUCUUACUCCAUUUAUUAGAAAGCUAUUACUACUUAGUAGAAGUCCUAUAUUGUCAAAUCGUCGGUCGGUAUACUCCAGCUGCACGGGUUGGCCCCGGUGCUAGAGAUAAUGUGUGUGUGUGUGUCUAGGUCUGUCUAUGCCCGGUGCCUUGGCGUCAUUGGGUAUGGGUCCAGGGGGCAUGGCCGCUAGUCGUCUCGGCCUACAAGUCCUCGGCGGUGGAGGAGGACAAGCUGGCGUCCUGUUGGUCAGCAACCUCAACCCAGAGGUCAGGACUGUUACUACCCACGCACACUUUCUCUAUCUCUUUCUCUCUCACAGACACACCGUAGUAGACUUCUCAUCUGAGUCCUUUAAAUGAGUUUAUAACUAACAGUCUUCUGUUAUCUUUCAUUUCAUGGCUUCAUUUUUGUCUAUUCUUGAGUUGCUGGAGACACAAUAAUACUUUUCUGUUAUUGUACUGUAUUAUCAGGCCUGUACUGUUUCAUUGUUAAUCUGUCUUUCUUUUCUCCUCCUAGUGUUGCCAUAGUGACAGUGUUUUCAUUUAGACACUAUUCUCUCUGUGUUUACUGACCUUGUUUUUUUUCUUCUUUACCUCCUUUCUUUCUUUUAUUCUCUUUCUCCCUCCAUCUCAUCCUUCUCUUUGCCCUUUAUAAAAACUCACUCCUCUGCCAUCUUACUUUCUUCUCAUCAUUCUCUCUCUCGAUCUCUCUCCUAUCUAUCUCUCCAUCUCCCUAUCUAUCUCUCUCUCUCGAUCUCUCUCUCCCUCUCUCUAUCUAUCUCUCUCUCCCUCUAUCUCUCUCUUCUCCAUGUGAUCCUCCCGUGGACCUCUUGGCUGCUGACUGCUGGACUCCAUCCCUCCAUCCCUGACUCCACUCUCCUCCUCCUCCACUUUACCCCUUUCCCCUCCCUCUUUCUCUCUCCCCGUCCCUGGUUCCUCUACCCCCCCCUGCUGUUUAUAAAGAGCGUUACACCAAACUGCCUCUUUAUUCUCUUUGGUAUGUUAUCAGCCUUUCGUUUCCCUUUGACUUCAUAUUUUAUAUUUACCUACUGUUACCAAUAAUAUUAUAUCAUCACUGUACCUUUGACUAUACCUACCUCAUUCAGUCAGUUCUUCAUUUACCCUUAUAUUGACCUAAAGUAUUUAUGUUUAUUAUUAUUUAUCAUUCUUUAAUCUGUUUCACUUUAAAUAUUUAUUUAAUUACCAACUGGUACUGAAUCUACUGUGGUCGGUACCCUAUCUUACUCUAUAGUAACUGUCUGUUACCUGGGCUGGUUUUCAUGUUGUGGUCUGCCUGUUGGCCUGUCUCUGCCUGUUGGUCUGUGUCUGCCUGUUGGCCUGUGUCUGCCUGUUGGUUGGUCUGUCUGUCUCUGAAUCAGAAAUCCAAGCUCUCCUUUACAUGUUAGCAGUCUGAAUCAGUCCUUUCAUUUCAAUGGCUAGAAACUGAGUAGUGUCGUACUAUAGAACCAGUUGUCUGGGCAUUACAGUAGUCUGUCUGCUGUUGAUCAGGACAAUCACAUUACAGCACUGACAUCACAACUAAGUCUUUAUUCAUGAAAAAUUCUUCUGAUUUGGAGUGUGUGCUGUGUUUAACCUGUGUGUGUUCUCCAGGUGUGUAUGGCGACGUGAUGAGAGUGAAGAUUCUGUUCAAUAAGAAGGACAACGCUCUGGUCCAGAUGGCUGACGGCACACAGGCUCAGCUAGGUACUGUGUGUGUUCCUGUGUUUAUUGUGUGUGUUCAAGUAAUUAAUAGCACGUGUGUGUUCUGGUGUUUGACUGUCUUGUCUUCUCCUCAGCGAUGAGCCACCUGAACGGGGUUCGUCUCCAUGGCAGGUCUCUACGUGUCUCCAUGUCUAAACACACCACCGUACAGCUGCCCAGAGAAGGUAUGUACACACACUACCAUACCUAAAGACACAGCUGCCCAGAGCAGGUAUGGGCCGUCUAACAUGAACUACUGUUAUGUCAUGACGUUGUUAUUUCAUGUUGUACUCGAUCCUAUUCAAGGCCAUGAGGACCAGGGGUUGACUAAGGACUAUGCCACCUCUCCUCUCCACCGCUUUAAGAAGCCUGGCUCCAAAAACUACAACAACAUCUACCCUCCCUCUGGCACACUGCACCUCUCCAACAUACCGUACGAACACACACACACACCCCCAUCCCCUUUCAGUUUGAAAGUGUCCUUUUGCUUUCUCUGGUAAUGAUUUCUAUUUUUCUCUCUCUCUAGUCCUGCAGUAGGAGAGGAUGAUCUGAAGGCACUGUUCAGCAGUUCAGGAGCUUCAGUUACAGCCUUCAAGUUCUUCCAGUAAGUCUCAACAUCCAACUGUUAUGACAUCACUAUCUCAUGAUGUACUAGCCUUUGACAUCACUACCUAAUGAUGUGCUUGUCUUUAUGACAUCUUUACCAAAUGAUGUAAUAGUCUUUGUGGCAUCACUACCCAAUGUUGUAAUAAUGGUCUAUAUGGCAUCACUACCCGAUGUUGUAAUAAUGGUCUAUAUGGCAUCACUACCUGAUGAAAUAGAGUGAAUCCUCUUUCCUCGUGUGUGUAUAGGAAGGACCGUAAGAUGGCUCUGAUCCAGAUGAGCUCAGUGGAGGAGGCUGUUGAGAGUCUCAUUGAGUUCCACAACCAUGACCUGGGAGAUAACCACCACCUCAGAGUGUCUUUCUCCAAAUCUACCAUCUAACACACACACACACACACACACGACUGUAACUUCAGAGUAUAGACCAAACCUGUUUAUCAGAAUGCCUUCCACGUCGUCUGUAUGGCAAGUCUUAUUCCACACGAGACACACUUAAUCAUUCCUUAGUUAUUAUCUUACAUUUUUUAUGUUUUAUCAUUAUUUUUACACAAUUAUUUACGUAUACUAUGGAUGUAAUCGGUUCAUAUUUUAUUCUAGUAGUUUGACUUCUAUGGAGGGAAACUCACAGAACUCUCCAAGAUGCACAUCUAGUAUUUCUGUUUCUAUACUCUUCAGAAUGCACAUCGAGUCUUUGUUUCUAGAUUGUUUUCUUGUUUCCAUUUGAUAUACAAAAAAAAAAAAAA